AUGAGAAAUCUUGAGCAGUAUACCCGUGUGAACAAUGUUGAAGUCAGCGGUCUGCCAUCUACAGGAGAGGAGAGCGUCAAAGACCUGGUGAAGGACGUGGGUGCUGCUAUAGGAGUGCAGGUGCAGGACAGCGACGUCGCCAUCGCGCACCGGGUGCCAUCCUAUGGACUCAACAGGGAUCCUGCGCUGAUCAUCCAGUUCACGGACAGGGAGAGGAAGGCUGAGUGGCUCAACGCAUACCGGAAAAAGAGGUCACUUGUUGCUCGGGAGGUAAAUCAGCGGUUUCCGGCACAGCGAGUGUACAUCAGCGACCACUUGUCACCGGAAAACAAAAAGUUUCUGGCAAGUUUGAAGAAGAAGUGCAGGGAGAUCGGAUAUACGUUUGCCUGGAGUCGCGAUAGCAAGUUCUUUGCGAGGAAAGCUGAGGGAGACCCUGUCAAGAAGAUUUUAUCAUACAAAGACAUUGACAAUCUGGUUUA